UCUUUCAUCCGUCUUUCAUCCGUCUUUCAUCCGUCUUUCAUCCAUCUAUUACCCAACUUGUAUCUAUUUGAUAACUAAGAAAUGAGAUAUACCAGAGAUCAGGCUAUCUGUAUGGCUUUUUAUGUCGACUAUACGGAAGCAAAUGUAAAAAAGUACAAAAAAAAUUGAAGACUUGGAAACAUUUGACAUUUGUUGGAAUAUCAAGGAAAAUGAGCCAAUUCUGGUUUCUAUUAAAAGAACUCUCAGUGAUCCUCUUGGGUACAUAAGGUAUGCAGAUAGCAUUCCACCAAGUGAAGAGUCAGUUGGAGAAACGAGAAAGAAAGCUGAACUUGUUACCAAUAGACAAAUCAAACAAUUUUUAGAUGAAGUGUUUUCUUCGAAAAAACGCGAUAAUAGCGUAUUAUACUCUCAACAAACGUUAGCAACCAAUGAUGUGUAUAUCAACUGUUAAACAGUACACAUCGGUUUUUGAUACGACUACCGCACAAUCAUUUGCUACUUGGUGUCGAAACAAGAAGCAAGUUUACAGAGAAUUAUCUGUCUUAGAUGAAGCUUUUUAUGAUGAACUCGUGGCCUCUAUUACCACCUACCUACCAAGAUACCAAGGUUCUUUGAAGGCUCUUAUACGUGAUGGGAUAGAGCUUGUCGGCUACGCCCGCAAAUCUCCAACUGAUGAUGAUAUUGAAAAUAACACUCGAUUGAUACAAUUAAUGGUUAGCAAUUUAAAAGUACGAUCUUUUGCUACAAGAAUAUAUGUAUCAACAUCAAGUUGGGCUUCCACACCUUUUGCGAAGCGUGAUUUAAAACCAGACAGCAAAGUGAUGGAAAGCCUGGAAAAUGUUAAUGGGAAUACUCAAGAUCUUUUGGAGUAUAUAAAUUCUUGUGAUCAUGAUAUUUGCUUGAUUUCAAUAGGCUUUGCUGGAUUAACAACAAGAAGCAGUGAUUUAGUAAAUUUAAUUGAAAAAAAUCCCGCUAUUAAGAAAAUUGCAAUUGAGACUUUUGCUAUAAACAAUGAAGUCUUUAUUUUUGAUGCUCAAAAUUUACAAAAUAACAAAAAAAUAUUAGACAGAUUUGAUUAUAGAAAUGAAUUUUAUAAUAGAUCUAAAUAAACUUGUAC